AUGGCCGGAACUCGCAAUUUCUUCGACAUUGCCGACAAGUUCGACAGCUUCCCCUACUACUCGGAUGACCCGCAUUCGUACGCCAGUUUCAUGAAGAACUACUACUAUUUCACCAUCGACUCAUAUCCCAAACCCCUGGGAUAUGUGCACUUCUCCGUCAUCCACAGCGUCACUUGGCCUCGAUACUGGACAAUUGACCAGGAACCAUACAACGGCGGAAGCCAGCUCUUUGGAGUGCUCUCUUUUGGGGUGCAUCUCAUUGCCUGGACAAUGACCUCCGAGGGCAAGAGGAAGUAUUGGCUUCAGCGGCGGUCAAUGAACAAGAAGAUGCAUCUUGGAAAGCUGGACACAACUGCCGGCGGCGCGCACCUGAAGUCGUGCGGCAUUGUCUCGUACCAUCUGGACUACAGCUUUCUCGACAACCCGGGGUCGUAUCCCCAUGUCCUCCAUGUGUUCGAGAUGGAACUUCCCGCGGAGAUUACCCCAAGGCCUAACGAUGGGGAGGUCUCAGAGUUUGUUACGAUGACUGAGGGCGAAGUUAUGAAGGCUCUCUUCGAAGACGACUUCAAACCGAUUGUGGGAAUCCAGUGGGUUGCGCACUUUUGCAGACACGGCGUUUUGACGCCGGAGAACGAGACACGGCUGUUAGAAAUAAACUCAAGGACACAUCGCAACUUGGCCACCUUUUUCGUUUAG